GUGAUUGGUAAUUACACUUAGUUGUUUUGUUUUACCAUAAUUAUAUUUUGGGACUUCCAGUCUUUUAGAACUCGUGGUUGAUUGGGCGUGCAGCCGAGAAGAGGAACGGGACUGGAAUCUUCACUUUCGACUGGAAGUGGAUAGAUGUCGGUACAAUGACACCUGCUCAAGACAACAGUCGUUGCGUAUCGAUCUGUCAGCUUUUUUUUGACUAUUCAACACCGAAAAUAUUGGUUAUACGGAGUAAGAAAGUUGGAGCAAUCAAUCGCAUCACCCAGGCGUUAGUAAUCGCCUACAUAAUCGGGUAUGUCUGCGUAUGGGAAAAGGGCUACCAGGAUACAGACUCCAUUCUCAGUUCGGUUACCACCAAAGUGAAAGGAAUUGCCGUCACGAACACAUUUGACCUUGGCCUCCGGAUUUGGGACGUCGCUGACUACAUAAUUCCGCCUCAGGAGGAGAGCUCAUUCUUUGUGCUGACAAACCUGAUUGUGACCCAGAACCAAACACAAAAGCACUGUGCAGAGAUCCCAAGCGUAGCUUCCAUUUGCUCCUCAGACAAGAACUGCAAGGCUGGAUUUAGAGGUCCCCGAAGCAAGGGUGUGCGGACAGGUAGAUGUGUGAACUUCAAUCACACUGUUAAAACCUGUGAGGUCCUUGCCUGGUGUCCCUUGGAAAGAGAUGAUGAACCACCUAAUCCUCCAAUGUUAGCAGAUGCAGAAAACUUCACAGUGCUGGUGAAAAACAACAUCCGAUUUCCAAAGUUCAACUUUAAGAAAAGGAAUAUCCUCCCACAAAUAAACAGCUCCUAUCUGAAGCAUUGUGUUUUUAACCGUUCUACUGACCCAGAAUGCCCGAUCUUCAGGCUCAAAGACAUGGUGGAAGAAGCAGAAGAAGACUUCCAGACCAUGGCAGUUCAUGGUGGGGUGAUGGAGGUUCAGAUCAGAUGGGAUUGUGAUCUAGAUAUGCCAGGAUCCUGGUGUGUGCCACGAUACAACUUCCGGCGGCUUGACAACAAGGACCCAACAAAUACAGUUUCUCCAGGAUAUAACUUCAGGUUUGCAAAGUACUAUAAAGAGGGUGACAAUGAGGAGACCAGAACCUUAAUCAAAGGAUAUGGAAUUCGCUUUGAUAUUAUGGUAUUUGGACAGGCUGGAAAAUUUUACAUUGUUUCAACACUGCUCAACAUAGGGGCUGGGCUGGCUCUCCUUGGCUUGGUCACAGUUGUUUGUGACUUGAUUGUCCUUACAUUUAUGACCAAGCGGAACCAUUACAGAGAACAGAAAUAUUCAUAUGUUGAUGACUGCUUUGAUUCCGGAAGAAUAAAUCGGCCCCCCUGACUCCAUCAAACUGAGCACCAGCAGCCUAGGCAAUCUGUCUACUCUUGUUAAGCCCCAAGUCAAAAACCUUGGUGUAAUAUUCGAUUCGGCCUUUACAUUUGACAAACAGGUUAAUGCAGUAGUUAAAGCCAGUUUCUACCAACUCCGCACCAUUGCCAAAAUCAAGUCUUUCCUGUCACCCAAAGAUCUUGAGAAGGUCAUCCACGCCUUCAUAUCCUCGCGGCUAGACUACUGCAAUUCCUUGUAUACUGGAAUUAGCCAUUCGUCCCUGUUGCGCCUACAACUAGUCCAAAACGCCGCUACAAGGCUCCUGACCGGUAUUUUAGUUGAUCAUUUGUAUAUUUGCUUUCUAUUAGAGGUGUUUCUGUUCUUUGAUGUGUAUAUACAGUAGAUGCUUAGUUGAGUGUGUUGCUUCUGUUUUUCUAUUACAUUUUUUUUGUGAUCUAAUUGUUUUGUUUCUGUUUUUCUAUUUGUUUUGGUAUUUUAUUGUGAUUUAAUUGUAUAGCACUUUGGUCAGCUUGAGUUGUUUUAAAAUGUGCUUUAUAAAUAAAUUUGACUUGACUUUACUUUGAACGUGGGCUGACUUAGGAUUCAAUGUUUUCGGUGAGACAACUGACCUCAAGGUCUUUCAGGUGCACAGCAAAUCAACCACACACACACACAAAUACUCAGGCCUUGAUUAU